AUGGGGGAAAACGCUCCCAACAUCGUGAAUAGUAACCUGAGCAAGAAAUCCACUGAAGAACAAUAUCAUCUCUCAAGAAACACCAAGAAACUCAAGGAUAUUGAAGCGAUUGCUAGCGAUUCUAUGGUUGUCGAACCUGUUGGUGACCAGGGGCGAUCGGACCAAUUGGUAAACGAGGGUGUCUCCUCUGUGGAGAACCAUUCUGGGCAUAAUCGUGGUCCAAGAUCCUUCAAGGAAGCACUCACUAAUCUUCGUCCUUAUGAAAGGGCCUUCGACGAUGAUCUGGAUCAUCUGUCAACAGAUGAUGAAGAGCUUGGUGAGGAAGCUUCGGACGAUGAAGAAUAUAUGGAUGAGGGAAUGGAUUUUGGUGUUCCCAGAAUUAAACUCCCUAAGAGUCUCCUGAAUAAAAUUAGGAGGCCUUGGAAGGACUGUUUGAUUAUCAAAUUACUGGGAAAGACUGUGGGUUAUAAACUUCUUAUUACCAAAGUUAGAAAUAUUUGGGAUCUCCAAGGAGAUUUUGAAGCUAUUGAUCUAGGGCUUGGAUACUUUCUUUUUAAAUUUCAAAUGAGGGAAGAUUGUGCUAAAGUGUACAUGGGAGGACCUUGGAUUGUUUUGGAUCAUUAUCUAACGGUUCGAAAAUGGAAGCAUGAUUUCAAGCCCUCUCAAGCCAAGGAAGUUUCAACUGCUAUGUGGAGUUGGCCACAGAAAGGAGAGCUGUAGUGAGGCUCCGAAGAAGACCGCCGGUGGUGUCUCUCCGACCAAUCAAGAUGAGCAGAAUUUGACCGUUGAAGAUGUUGUGGUUGUCAGUUCCAGUAAGCCCCUAGAUGGGUUGGCUAGCACUGAUGAGAACACUAAGGAGGCCAAUAGGGAGAGUUAUGAACCUUGGAUGCUUGUUAACAGAAGAGGCCCUCGGAAAAAUUUGAUGGGAGGGAGAGAGUCCAAGUUUGGGUCCAAGGGCAAAGCCCACAAGAAAGAUAUGUUUAAGCCCACUCAUUUUAUUCGUGCUACACAUUUAGGGGA